UCGCCUCUCAACAGCAGUAUACAGUAUAGUAAGCCAAUUUUUAUAUUCUCAACACCCUUUGGUCGUCAAAACCCUUUUCUUAUUUUUGUUUCAAAGAGAAAAGUUGUGGUGUGCUUUGCAAUGGUGCUGUCGGAGGAUGAAACAAACAGGCUGUUUAGGAUCCGAAAAACGGUGAUGCAAAUACUUAAGGAUCGGGGUUAUUUGGUUGCAGACUUUGAGGUUGACAUGACCAAAGAUCAGUUCAGAAGGAAAUACGGUGAGAGCAUGAAAAGGGAAGACCUUGUCAUCAACAAAACCAAGCGAACGGAUUCCUCUGAUCAGAUCUAUGUUUUCUUCCCUGAGGAACCAAAGGUUGGUGUUAAGACAAUGAAGACUUACACCAAUCGCAUGAAGUCGGAGAAUGUUUUCAGAGCAAUCUUGGUUGUUCAACAAAAUUUAACUCCCUUUGCGAGGACCUGUAUAAGUGAGAUAUCUUCAAAGUUCCACUUGGAGGUUUUCCAGGAGGCAGAGCUGAUGGUAAACAUUAAAGAGCAUGUUCUUGUUCCCGAGCAUCAGGUGCUUACAACUGAGGAGAAGAAAACUUUGCUGGAGAGAUACACCGUAAAAGAAACACAGCUGCCUCGUAUUCAAGUGACUGAUCCAAUUGCCAGAUAUUUUGGGCUGAAGCGUGGACAAGUUGUGAAGAUAAUCCGGCCAAGUGAAACUGCUGGCCGAUAUGUCACCUACCGAUAUGUUGUAUAAGUAUUUACAUUUUAGUGACUGCUUAGGAGAUUAGUUGAGCUGGACUUGAGUUGAAAGUGCUGUUGUGAUUGUCAAAAUCGUCAAGAGGCCAGUUUUAAGGGAUUUUGUAGUGGGGGUUUCAAGACAAAUAUGUUAUGAAAAUAUUUAUUGUUAUUCUUCAGUUGUGCAUCAUAGUGUAUGCUGUCUGUGGUGGUGGUUUGUAAUCCUGUUUGCAUUUUCUUCAUGCAUCUUAACGUAAGCGUUUUGUGUACUUGUUAAA